CUGUUUUCAUUCGCACACACUCUCAAGUCCUCUGACUUGUUGCGUGCAGUUUGCGCGCUUCCGCACUGAAACACUCCGUAGAUUUUUGCGCCCGUUUGUUUCUUUUCGGAGGAACUUCUCUCGGGUCUCGCGUGACCAUGGAGCGGACCUUGAAGGCACUAUGUGGCUGUUUAUUGUUUAUCUUCUGUCUGGCCGAGGACAGUACGCGGGGCCGAGAAAGGGUCUAUUAUGUUGCGGUCAUUGAGGACUUGUGGGAUUAUGCGCCAAGUGGAAAAAACCUGCUGAACAACGUGGACGUCGCAAAUGAUGAGCAUGCAUCAAUCUUUUUGGAAAGAGGACCCCACCGUAUCGGCAGUGUUUAUAAGAAAGCCAUGUUCCGAGAGUACACCGAUGCCACAUACAAGCAACAAUCCCCCCGGCCCACCUGGUUGGGCUUCCUGGGACCCAUAAUGCGAGCGGAGGUGGAUGACAUCAUCGUGGUCCACAUGAAGAACAUGGCAUCCAGGAACUACUCAAUGCAUCCCCAUGGAGUUUUCUAUGAGAAGAACAUGGAAGGGGCCUUAUAUCCAGAUGGGACAUCUGGUCAUCUCAAGCAGGAUGACGUCGUACCACCCGGGGGAAGCUACACGUACCGCUGGGAGGUCAGGUCCGAAUAUGCCCCGACUGAUGACGAUGCCAACUGCUUGACUUGGGUGUACCACUCUCACUUGAUGGCUCCCCGGGAUAUCACCUCUGGUCUUAUAGGGCCUCUGCUGACGUGCAAGAAAGGAAUCCUGAAGGAGAGCGGCGAAGAGGGCAUAGCACGCAAUGACGUGGCCGAGGAUGUCUUCCUGAUGUUUACCGUAGUGGACGAGAACCUGAGUUGGUACCUGGAGGACAACAUUCAGAGAUGUAUCGAUCCAGAGGGGGUUAACCGUGAAGAUGAAGAUUUUGUGGAGUCAAACCUGAUGCACGCCAUUAACGGAUACAUGUUUGGUAACCUGCCCGGAAUGGAGCUCUGCCAGCACCGUGCGGUGUCUUGGCAUUUGUUUGGCAUGGGUAACGAGGUGGAUAUUCACUCUGCCUUUUUCCACGGGAAUACCUUACUGGACCGCGGCCACCGAACCGACGUGAUCAGCUUGUUCCCAGCCACUUUUGCUUCAGCUGAGAUGGUCCCGACAGCAGAGGGCAAAUGGCUGCUGACAUGCCAAGUUAAUGACCAUCUACAAGCUGGGAUGCAGGCCUUUUAUCAAGUGAAGUCCUGCAGCAAUGACAGCAGCGCCCCAGAGAUGAGUGGUAUUGUCAGGAAUUACUACUUAGCAGCAGAGAAAAUGGUGUGGAGCUACGCUCCGUCUGAAAAAGAUUUGAUCCAAAAUAUUCCCCUCACUGACGCCGACAGUCCGUCUGAGACAUUUUUUGGGAAAGAUGGCGGUCGGAUUGGAGGUGACUACAUAAAAGUGAUCUACAAGGAAUACACAGACGAUAGCUUCGACACGGAGAAAAUACGGAGUUCGGAUUCUCUCCACUUGGGAAUGUUAGGUCCGAUCUUGAGGGCGGAGGAAGGAGACACCCUCAGAGUGACCUUCUUGAAUCGAGCUGAUCGAAGCUACAGCAUCCAUCCUCAUGGCCUGCACUACGAAAAACGCUUUCAAGGAAGCAACUAUAACGAUGGUGUUGACAAACCUGGCGCCCACGUCGCUCCGGGGGAGAUUUUCACCUACACCUGGCAGGUCCUGGAAGGACCAUCAUCGUCGGACUCUCCCUGCAUCCCGUAUUUGUACUACUCUGCAACGUCACCUGUUGAGGACACCAACGCGGGAUUAGUGGGCCCGCUCCUCGUGUGCACCAGAGGAUCGUUGCGGCAGAAUGGAACUCAGAAGGGUGUGGACAAGGAGUUCUUUCUUCUGUUUUCUGUCAUGGAUGAAAACCUGAGCUGGUAUUUGACGGAGAACGUUGAGAUAUUUGGCACCAACGAGACAAAGGUAGAUGAUGAAGACUUCCAGGAGAGCAACAAGAUGCAUGCCGUAAAUGGGCGCAUGUACGGAAACCUUCCUGGACUGGACAUGUGCGCUGGAGACAAAGUCAUGUGGUACACCUUCGGUCUGGGCACCGAGGUGGACAUCCACGGUGUUUAUUUUGAGGGGAACACCUUCAAGAAGCAGGGCACCACGCGGGACACCCUCAACUUAUUCCCUCAUACCACAACUACUGUGGAGAUGCAGCCGCACAUUGCUGAUACUUACCAAGUGAGCUGCAGAGUAACAGAUCACUACUCAGGUGGCAUGCAGCAACAGUACAGGGUGAACUCCUGCCCAGGCCGCAAAGUCAAGAGCCAACAUGCAGCGCCGACCAAAACGCUUCAGUAUUACAUCGCCGCUGAAGAAAUAGAGUGGGACUACUCACCCAGCAGAGCUUGGGAGCUGGAGAAACACCACAGCACAUCCCAGGAAAGUCCAGGCAAUAUAUUUGUGGGGAGAGGGAAGAACCGAAUUGGCUCACGCUACAAGAAGGUGGUGUAUCGAGAAUACACUGAUGAAACCUUCACAGUUGAGAAGAAAAGGAAUGCCGAUCAAGAACACUUGGGAAUUUUGGGUCCACUCAUCAAAUCCGAGGUGGGAGAACACAUUAUGAUCAUGUUCAAAAACAAAGCAAAGCAUCCAUUUAGCAUUGCUGCGCACGGAGUUAAGGCCGUAAAACCUUCUCCUCCUGUCCAAUCCGGCUUUAUGACAAUAGUGGUAUGGCAUGUACCCGAAAGCUCCGGGCCGGGUGACUCGGAUCCCAACUGCAUUUCUUACGCCUACUACUCUGACGUCAACUUCAUCAAGGAUUUAUACAGUGGUCUUCUGGGCCCGCUGGUGGUCUGCAGACCCGGAACUCUGAGGGGCGACGGGCCCGAGCGAGAGCGUCUGGACAUAGCGAAGGAGUUUGCUCUUUUUUUCAUGGUGCACGAUGAAAACCAGUCCCACUAUUUAAAAGAGAACAUCAGAACGUACCUCGGGGAAGACCCUGACACUUUUGCACCGGAUGAAGACUUUGAGGAAAGCAACAAGAUGCACGGAAUUAAUGGCAAACUGUACGGCAACCUCCGUGGACUGGUGAUGACCCAGGGUCAAACGGUUGAUUGGUAUUUACUAGGCAUGGGCAAUGAAGUGGACAUGCACACUGUCCACUUCCAUGCUGAGACUUUUACCUACAAGACUGACCGCGUGCACCGCGCAGACGUCUUCGAUCUCUUCCCCGGAACUUUUCAAACGGUGGAGAUGGUGGUUGGAAACCCGGGAACGUGGCUGCUCCACUGUCACGUGACUGACCACAUCCACGCCGGCAUGGAGACCACCUUUAUCAUCAACAGAGUCAGACAUUGCAUCACAUGCUGCAGCUCCCGAAGGUGCCUGGCAGAUUCUAUUUCUCUCCCUCACAUUUGGACUUUUGGCAGUAGCCGGGAUGCACUGACGGACUCUGUGAACUGUCGAAACUACACUUGAAAAAAAAUGGGGCAAAAUCAAAUGUUAUUAUUUGUUUACUUGACCUUGUGCCUUAACGCAAAUGUCAAUACACAAGUUAGUUCUGGUGUGUGUAAUACUACUACAAAACUAUUUUAUAUGUCUGGAAGCUUUCUAUGUUGUGUGAAGUUGCACGAUGGGCAUUUACUCGACUGCAUUUGAGAAGCACUGCUGCACCAAAUAUUUUGAUAUGAAUGUAAUUGUACAAUAAAAAUGUUUUUGUCGCUUGUG